UACUGCAGGCGAUUGCCCAUCGGUCUGCUAGGAUUUUUGUCGUUUUGUGAUCAAAUUCUAUAUUCUUUAAAAACAACCAAAUUGUUGGUUGACUAUAAAAGAAAUGAUUUCUUCUACAGCAAAUAAAAUUGGAAGAGCACUGAGCUCACAGGUUAGGAGUUUCACUGUAUCCUCUGCUUCUCUCAGUGAUAGUUUGUUUGUUCACCGGGACACCCCCAAAAACAAUCCUGAUGUCCCAUUUGCAUUUACAAAAGAAAAUGUUGAGAGAGCCAAUGCCAUCAUAAAUAUUUAUCCUGAGGGACACAAGCGUGCUGCAGUUAUUCCUCUUCUGGACUUAGCCCAACGCCAAGCUGGAGGAUGGCUCCCAAUUUCAGCAAUGCAUGCUGUUGCAGAUAUGCUUAGUAUGCCGAAAAUGAGAGUUUAUGAAGUGGCUACCUUUUACACCAUGUUUAAUAGAAACCCAAUUGGAAAACACUUUGUUCAAGUCUGCACAACAACACCUUGCUGGCUUAAUGGCUCUGAAAAAAUUAUGAACUGUUUGAAAAAGAAACUUAACCUCAACAACGGGGAGACCACACCCAACGGGGAAUUCUCACUAUUGGAAGUCGAAUGUCUCGGAGCAUGUGUCAAUGCACCCAUGAUGCAGAUCAACGAUAACUUUUUUGAGGAUCUGACUGAGAAGGAUACAGAAGAAAUCAUUGAUGACUUGAAAGCUGGACGCGAACCUAAAGCUGGUCCUAGGAAUGGACGUUUCGCCGCUGAGCCUCGUGAUGGACUUACAUCUCUUACGGAACCUCCUCCAGGCCCAGGAUUUAAAAUUCAACCCGGCUUGUAAACAAUAAACAAAACUGUAAAGAUUACCCAUAUAGGAUUGGUGUAUGACAUAUGGAGGUAGUAAAUACAUACAAAAUUAUCACAA